AUGUGGGCCAUCAGCGUCGUCUGUGUGGCCUGUCUGCUGGUCAGUCCAUCCCUGGCUGGGAUCAAAGACCUCGGCUCUCACUUCGCUGAGCCUGAACCGGAACCCACAGGCCUGGAACCAAGGGGGACCGUGGACAUAGAGGACAUCCCCUUAGAGUUCCACAAGGAAAACACCGUUACUAAUGACCUCGUUUUCGAUGGCUUUGAGGAUGACGAUUAUAUCGAUUUUGAUAAGAUCCUGGAAGCGGGCAGUGACGACUACAUUGAAGGUGAUGAGAUAGACGAGAUCGCCACACCAGCUCCAGACAUCGACAUCUUCGCCGAACCCUCUGACCCGAAGAUCCGUCGUGCCAGACUCCUGCGGCUGUUCCACGGUCGCUCUCGCCUCCAACGCCUCAACAACGUCAACGCCCAUUUCGGCUUCAACCUCUAUCGAAGUCUUCGCAACGACGUCAACCAGAGCGACAACAUCCUGCUGGCACCUGCUGGGAUCUCCAUCGCCAUGGGGAUGAUGUCUUUAGGGGCAGGACCCGGAACCCACGAUCAGAUCUACAGCGCUCUGGGAUUCGCUGACUUCGUCAAUGCUAGCCAUCACUAUGACAACACAACGGUGCACAAGCUCUUCAGGAAGCUGACGCACCGGCUCUUCAGGAGGAACUUUGGUUACAAGCUGCGCUCUGUGAAUGAUGUCUACGUGAAGAAGGAUGUCGAGGUGAAAGACACUUUCCGCGCCGAGACAAAGGCUUAUUAUUUUGCAGAGCCGCAGUCGGUGGACUUCAGGGACCCUGCCUUUCUGGCCAAGGCCAACCGGCGCAUCCUAAAGCUGACCAAAGGGCUCAUCAAGGAACCGCUCAAGAGCGUGGACCCCAACAUGGUGCUGAUGCUGCUCAACUACCUGUACUUCAAAGGUACAUGGGAGCAGAAAUUCCCCAAAGAAAUGACUCACUAUCGCAACUUCCGAGUCAACGAAAAGACAAAUGUACGCGUGCCAAUGAUGACCAACAAAGGGAACUACCUGGCUGCUGCCGACCACGAACUAGAGUGUGACAUCCUACAGCUCCCUUACACAGGAAAAAUCAGCAUGCUCGUUGCCCUGCCGAGGAAGAUCACUGGCAUGAGGACCCUGGAGCAGGAGAUCUCUCCCACUGUUGUCAACAAGUGGCUCAAAAACAUGACAAACAGGACUCGAGAGGUGGUGAUACCUCGGUUUAAACUGGAGCAGAACUACGACUUGAUUGCAAAUCUGAAGGAGAUGGGCCUCACUGACUUGUUCCAGGAGAGCGGAGAUUUCUCUGGAAUGACCUCUGAAAGGGUUUCCAUGAACUGGCUGAAGCACCAGGGAACCAUCACUGUGAAUGAAGAGGGAACCGAGGCUGCCGCUCUGACCCAGGUGGGCUUCAUGCCCCUCUCCUCUCAGAUCCGCUUCACCGUGGACCAACCCUUCCUCUUCCUGAUCUACGAGCACCGCACAGACUGCCUCGUGUUCAUGGGCCGCGUGGUCAACCCUUCACAGAACUAAACUUCACCAAAAAACACUUUUAAAACAGCUAAAAUAAAACCCUAUUACUGGUUUUAAUAGCUGGGGUGUUUGUUUUUUUAGUAAUCAAUUACUUCUGUUGGUACAAUAUGUACACCUAUCAUCAAGUGUUUAUGUGUAUGUAGUCUCUUACUUUACAUUUAAACUUCUUCAUAGUUCUCAAAGUGUUGCGAGUCUGUCGGAGGGACUCGAUGAAUGUUUGUUUAUCUGUCUGUUAAUGUUUUAUCUUGUGCAAUGAGACAAAUGGAGAAAUGUGCUCCAAAAAUUGUACUGUAAUAAUUACAGAAAGACUAUGGAAACGUGAAUAACACAAGAAAGGGGAUAAUAAAAUAUAUAAAACGACUA